UCGACCCGCUCAGGUGCUGCUGGUGGUAGUGGUGGUGCACGCCGCCUGCGCCACCACCACCACCACUACCACCACCACCACCACCACCACCAGCUGCUGUGUGGCACCCCAGUGUGCCAGCACCCGGGACAUACGGCCAGAUGGCAUUUUUGCACCUCGUGUUAUAAAUAUAUUACAAGAGCCAAUGAAGUGGCUGUUCUUGGGGAUUUUUCAGAAACUCCUUCGUCACAUAAGAUGCCCCACAGAGUUAUCAUUGGACAAGUGACCAGGCAAGACUACUGCCACAUGUAGUGGAGUAUAAGAAGGUGUUGCUGCAAAGAAGAUGAGUUAACAAAGAAAAAAGGAAUUAACAAACAACUUGGUGAAUCAAUAAAGAAGCCAUGUGAGGACACAAUUGGAACCAUAUCAUUUUAUAAUAACAACAUUACCUUUUUUAAUCAAGCAUAUCUAAAUCAUUUGUAAAUCCUAUGAAGAUGGUUAUUCAAGACCUGCAACGAUUUUUAGAGUCACAAGUACCAGGUGCGUGUGUCCCUGUGGAUCUGCUGAAGAUUGCCAAGAGUGUUGGGAUCCGACGUAACCAGCGCAAUGCUCCAAGAGGUGGAUAUGGUCACACACCACUCACUCUUGUCGUAGAUGGGGAGUAUUGCCUUGAUAGGCUCUAUGGAGGGUUCUUUUCAGACUGGGUAUGUGGGGGGCAGUGGAAUCGCAUGGUGCAGUUUCUGGCAGUGCUUAUGCAAACAGUUCAAAAUAACAACAUAGAACUUGCUGUGUUCUUUAAUGGUGCUCUGGAACAACAGCGUCUAAAUGAAUGGUCACGACAAGAGUGCUCCCUUAGAAAAAAUAUAAACUCGGUGCUAAAACAUGUAACUGUGAAAGGCACUCCGCCGCCCAAAGUGUGGUGGGUUGCUCCCGUUGGUCUUCGUACCUGUCUACGGAUGGCUCUGCGGCAUCUCAACAUCCAAGUGUUAUGCACAAUGGACGAUCACCAUCAGGAAGUUAUUGCUUUUUGUCGGGAAAAUAACUAUCAUGGUCUUAUGGCAGAAGACGCAGAAUACAUAAUUUUUGAUCCCCCUCGUUACUUCUCAUCACACCAGCUCAAACUUACGUACAAGGGUUCCCUAGAGACCAAAGAAUUUAUUUUAGAUGAAGUAGCUAAGGGCCUCGGUCUGCAACGCAACUACUUCUGCUUGCUGGCAGCUCUCCUGGGCAACUAUCUUCUUACAGAGACAGAUCUACGCGACUUUUAUGCUUCACUAAUCCCAGGCUACGACAAGCAGCAAACACCUCAGGAGGACGUUAUACGAGCCGUAGUCAAGUUUAUUGUGAAUCGAUGUGACGUUAAUAACUUGUUAACAAUUGGAGCCCAAGUUUUUGGAUCUGUCAGCGAUCCUCGUGUUGCAAAGUUCAAAGAGUCUGUGCAGUACUUUCUCAAUGGCACGAAAGACGGCUUCCUUCGCUACAAACCAUUUCCCUCAGGAAGAAGAGAUGGGGGUCAGAGACAUCCACAUCACCAUCAUCACCACCAUCACCACCACCAUCACCACCACCAUCAUUCAAUCCAUAGACCAGAGAUACACGAGCCAAAGCACUGUGAAGGCCCAGGCAAACUUGACUUCACACCAAAGGGUGGAGGGUGUUUGGGUCUUCCCGUCCCAGGGUUGGCUGUUGUCCCCGAGAAGGAAAACGGGGACAAUGGUGGUGGAAGUAACAACAGAGGGUUCAACUUGGCAUCACCACCUCAAAUAGUGAUUGAGGUGACAGGACCGGGGAGUCCCCAGAGCAGCAGUCGAGGGGGCAGCAGGAGUGACUCGCUCUCACCCGACGCUACUCAGCUGGAACAAGCACUCGAGUCGCGUCUUGGUGGCUUCACCAUAGUGGUGACUGGUGAAGACGACGAACCGCACCAGCUGCACCACUCUGAAGAAAGCGGGCAGAAUCAGAUGGAAGAUGCUGGAAAGAGAAAUGGGGAAUGUGUGAUAAUAAUCACAGAAGGAAUAAAGGAGCCGAACGAGGAAGAUCGUAAACGGGACCUGACUGUGCAGCAGGCUGAUCUAGAUGACCACGACCACGACUCAGGUAUAUUAUGUGGUGGGUGUCUGGGGUCGACUGCUUCAGGCUCUCCUGGUGCGUCACUUUUGUUGUCGUCGUCCUCCUCCUCCAGUAACAGUUCUGCCGCCUCGCCCUACCGCCUCACUCCCGACGUGUCGUGGGCGGCUCAGGUGUACCGUUCCGACCAUACUUCUCAGUCCAGUAGUCCAGUUGAGGGGAGUCAGGACCCAGGCCCUGAGAUUGACCCCAACCCUCUUCCUCUACCUCCAGUGCCCCAUGAGGUCAUGCGGACAGCCUCUGAACGCCAUCAGAAGGGGCUAAUGUGCCCAUGGAUAUACCAAGUUUUAACGCAGGGUGAAGUGAAGUUUGGUGUAUGUAUGGAGGACGAGAGUAGCAGAGAACUGCCACUCGCUGUGCUUUUCUACCGCUCGGUCCGCCAGUAUGUUUAUGCCAUCCUCUAUAACCUCCAUCAUCAUACUUUCAUGGCACGGAAGGCGAAGGAGGAGGGCCAGAAGGGUUUGGCCACUGAGGUACCUGAAGUUAAGAUCCGCGAAUGGAUUUACACCAAAAAUAAUCCCUACCGCACUGCGGAUAUAGUAGAUGCUACUCCCAUCAAUUGGGCAGUGCCUACCGUCCAGAGGUUGUGGUUCGGGUCUGUUGUAGAUGACAAGAAGCGGCGUCUGCGUGCAUUCCUGAGCUGCAUGAGAUCCGACUCCCCACUCAUGCUCCACACCUCCCACGUUCCACAGCAUCUGCUUAUAAUGGCAACUGUUCUUAGAUAUAUUAUGAGCACUCCUAAUGGUCCGGUACUGAGAAAGCAAGAGUUGGAUGCCUUCUUGGUGACCGCUUUCUCGCCCGAUCUCACCAAUGCACAUUAUUUGCAAGACUUGCAGGUUUGUGACAAACUUCCUCUGGUGACAGCACGUGGCUGUCAGCUCGCAGCUCUCUUCAUGAUGGGGGUCGAGACAGCAUUGUUUGCCAACGAUGCCUGUGGAGCACCAGUACCGUGGCUCAUGUGUUGCCCGUGGCUCUUUUAUGACGGGAAGCUCUUCCAUGCCAAGUUGAUCAGGGCUAAUUGCGCACGAUCUUUGGUUGAGGUAUGUGAUGGAGAAAUAGACCUGGUGGCCAAAGUUGAAAGAUGCAGACAGGCUAUCCUGGAGGGUAUAAGGGUAGAGUUUGCCCACCCACCACUGCAACCAAUGCCUGGGGUUGGGACUCAUAAAGUAGGCCCCCCUCCUCCAUAUCCUGGUUUUUCCCACUACGCUGGCAGGGGUAGAGGACGAGGGGCACCAGGUAGGACCAACACACACACGGGUGGUGGAGGAGUGGGAAGGAUGUUUUCUGGUGGUGGUCAGCUUCAAGUAGCUGGUGUGGUAGUGGGCUCCUGGGGACCAAAUUAUGGAUCAAAUGGUAAUGAAAGCAGACCCCGAGGAUUCCGACAUCCACAGUAUGGCAGUAAUGGCAGGGAAGGUGGAGGAAGUAUGCAAGGCAGAGGUGAGCCGAGCAGGAUGUCCCGUGGCACACGCGGCCGACCUACAGUCUUGGCCAAGCGACGGACGAUAAAAAAGCGUGAGGUGCGGACUAGUAGGGGACGUGGAGUGACAGUGGAGACCCCUGGCAACAGGUGGGCCCUUCCACAUUCAAGCUGCAGUUCAAGAAUUGUAAAGCCGUACAGUGGGCAUGAGGGACAUGCUGGUAAUGCCGGGUGGUGGAUACGACAAUCACUCGCCAGUGGGCCAGGACGGGGAAGGUCUCACUCUAUACCCACCCCAUACUCCUCAAAGCCACUCCUCCAGCGGGCUCAAGAGUCCAGACUCUGGUGUUAACGUGUCCAUCCUGGAGUAAGGCACAGUUGGAUAUGAACAAGAAGUGGUGGUUAUUUAGACUGUGGGUUUAUGGUCUGAGCAGCUAGUACACUUACUUUACAUCUAGCUUAGGAUUGAUUCAAAUACUGAUACCUGAUAGGCUUAGUACAGCACUAGCUACAUGAAGUUUGAUAAACGGCACAAUUCCUAACAAGAAUGUAGCAAAGAGUACAACACUACAAGGACCUUCUUCCCAAGUUUCACAACCCCCACGUCGUAAAUGACUGCCCUUCGUGUCGGCAACCAUCUUGGGGUACCUGCCACUGUGCCACUACCACUGCCAUUGCCACACUGCUGCUACAAACACCGCCUCAGCUGCCCCAGUGUCUGCAGGUCACCAGAGUAACUCGUGACACCAGCUGAUGAUACUGUCAUGGAGGGGUCACCAAAAGCAAGUAGUCAACAGUAAAGGUCAAGUGAAGAGUGAUGCAUUUACACUAAAUGUGUUGGUGUUAAGUGUGAAUUUAUUAGCUAAAUAUUUGCCAAAAUAUACAGUAUAAAAUUUAGUACCUUGUUAAUUUUGCUCUUGUGAUUAAAAACCUGAAACAUAUAAUUACUUGUAAUAAUAUAAUAUUUGCAACUAAUCAUCGUAAGGUUGAGUGGGGUAACUGUUUUGGUACAUAAUAUUUUCAAAAUACAGAUUCAUUGCUUUGUCACUGGAAAUUAAUAUGCAGUCUUCCACAUUCUUCCUUUUUUUAAUUACAAAAUAAUGAAGAUUAUAUUGACCUUGUACCAGUUUAGUGAAGGUGGCUUUCUGUUUUGACCUUUAUUGUGUAGGCUGGCACACUUUUGGAGACCUCUUUGAGACAGAAGCAUAGCUUCAUAUUCCAGUAUGAGACUAAGAAUUACACCUGUCACAUUUGUCUGUGAUGUUAGAAAAGGUUCUACUGUGAUGCAAUUGGUGGUUAUGAGUCUUGCAUAGCACAUCAUACAGGCUUCAUGUUUUAUCAUUAAGAUAAGUAGCCUGUGUUGACGGUGUACUAAGAGGUCAUAAUCUGUAAUGUCAUCACCACUGUACUCCCAGAAAGUACAAGGUGGGCAGCUGGAGAUGCUGACAACCAUGCCAUGAUAAGUUGCCAGCUACUCUCUCUGCUGCUAUUAGACACCAAGUAUAUAUGAAGAUGAAUUUUUAUUUUUAUAUGACUGUUAUAUUGUUAAAAUGGUGAUGAAGACACUUUAAGAAAGAGAUUUGUUGGUAUUUGGCAGGUUUGUGGUUGACGUUUGGAAGUAGUGACACGACCACUACCACAGCCUGGCUUUGUAGGAAUGAUAAGUGAAUCCUGAACAAAGAAUCAUCGUAGUUAAAUGGUUAAAUUGCCCAACAAUAUGCAAUUCAGGGUUUUUGCAGGGUUACAGAGCCCAUAAUAGAAGAGAUAGUUAUGGAGACUGAACCCAAACUGAGGCAAGUUUAUAGUUUUCUUAGUAGGACGACGUGGCUGUAACAAUGAGGACAGUUAUUAAUUGUAAUAAUGUAAACCAAAAGUUGAUUUGUUCAUGGUUGUAAGCAACCAUGCUUUGUUUUAAUGAAGCAUAUAGGUACAUAUCUUUGUAAGAGCUCACCAGUGUUUAGGAUGGAGGAAAUCCUAAUUGGUAUUUUCUUUGUUGUUGUACAUGGUACUUGAGGCAUGUCAUUGUUCCAUUACCCGUAGAUGUCGAGGGACGACCGUCUUGGUAACUUUACCACCACCAGGAUCUCCACCACCUGCUCACUAACAUUUUAUCAUUAUCAAGGAUAUCAGUGUCUAUACUAUACAAACCUCUAGAACAAAGAUUAAUGAUACCAUAUAGAAAGUUUAUGUUCUUGACAUUGUUCUAGGUAGCAUACUCUUGGAUACUUUAAAUUGGGAUGGACAGUUACUGGGUAAGUAAAUACUCUUCAACUUGGGGUAGCCAUAGUAUUGGUAUCCAAGUCUUAAUAAUGUGGAUUAUGUUUAACCAGGUUCUGGAUGGAGAAAAUGACCUGGUUUUGAAUAACAGAGGUAUUAAUCUUCUCUUUAUGAACUUUGAGUCAAGCUAAACCUUUUAGAUAAUGCAACUUACUGCCAUUUAAAUGGGUACUAAUCUUUGUGCCCAAAAAUGAAGAGAAAUUCUCCUGGAUAUUGUUUCUUCCUCAAUUAUAAAUUCAAUGUGCCAUGUUUUUUCUAUUAAGACAUAAUGGAAUUUUGCUGAAUUAGUUAAUCUUUUAAAAGACUCGGAGUAGGGCCUAUGCUAAAUGAUGCUCUCAAACAAGGGUGUAUCGAUGAAUGACUUGCGAAUGAAUAUGUUACCAAUUGGUCUGUUUCAAUGAGAUGUUUGCCCUUAAUAGCACUUUAAACCUUUAUUGUGGUUGUUAAUUGGAUUUAAUGUGAAAAAACUGGCAUUCUUUGUCAAUUACAGUUGCCAGAUAGUACUCAAGGUGUUAAUUUAUGGAAUUACAUAAAUACUUUAAUUUAUUGUGCACUGAGAAUUAGAAUAUUUCUAAGAAAAGAAAUAGAUUUUUGUAGGUUCUCUGGCUACUGUAUUAUCAAUUAUAAUGCCAAUAAAAUGUUUCUGAUUGCUAAUGUAAUGUUCAAUGAUGGAAUUUCAUUUAAAGGAAAAUAUAUUCACUAAUUUACUUAGGAAUUUCUCUUCCCAUUGUGUAAUGGGAGUAAAAGAUUUUGUUAGAUUAUCUUACUGCAAGAUGUCUGUGUUUGAGUGAGGGGCCCAUGUUUGUGUAUUAACGUAGUGUCAUAUCAAGCUAAUGUAACUUAUCACAGUCCUCUCAUGCACCUUACCAUUUGCUGCUUCUUUAUAAUACACACUCACAACCCAUGAGUCAGGACAAGUAAACUUGAGUCAAUAUUUUUUAGUCAAGUGUCAGAGUUUAGCUGGAAAUCUCUGUUGGUGGAAGGUUGUGUUGACCAGCACAGGUUCAGGACGUGGACGUGUUCUGAAACAUUGUGACAUUAUUACUUGCCGCUAAUGCUUUGCAAUUCACCUGAACUUAUCAUGGUGUUCUUUGGUCAAAUUGUAACAAAACUAAAUUGAAAAUGAGGACUUUGAUGUGUGUGAAGGUUAUAUUAGGGAAGACAUACGUGAAGGUGAACACCACUUUCCCCCAAAGGGACGAUUACUCUUCAGUCGUGGACUGUCAUUGCCAGACUGCUUAAGUGUAUAUUGUAUACUUGCAAGUGAAAAUUCAAUAGCUACUUGAAUUAUAGCAUUAGGAAAUAAUAAUAAUAAUAAUAAUAAUAGUAGGUCUAGCCAAGGCAAGAUUUUUGCCUCAUGUUUUAAAUAGAUUAUAUGUGCAUUUAUCUACUCAGUGUUGAAAUGCUCAACAAUUCUGAGCCUUGAUGAAGACAACAAAGUCAAUUAUUCUUGUGUAUACUAAGGCAAGUCAAGUUAUUAUCAUUACCCAUAUUUGGACAUGUUCAACUUGUAACUGAAAAGUUGCAAAGUUGUAAAUUGUUGUAUACUUUUUUGUUAUGCUUGUUUACUUGUAGUCCAAGGUCUCCAUUCUUAAGUAUUUUGUUGGGUAUGUUAGUGGUUAGAGCGCUCUUGACCCAAGUGGUGACCAGCACGUGUCUGUGGUGGUAAUGACUGCUGGAGGUAUGUGCACCUGGUCAAUAUUCAGGAGCUGGAGCGUAUCAGUCAACCCUCCAACACACUUGCCAAUAUUGACCAUAUUACAUAAAUGCUUUAAGUACAUUAGACUCCUGAUUUCCAAGUGCUCUGAUAAAUAAUAUGCUGUCCUCGUUGGACAGCACGAAGUAACUUAAUUUUCUUGCAGUUAUUGAAUGGGCCCCUCCUUGAUGUUAUGCUUAAAACAAACAUUUAUUGGUAAAGUUUUGUGAGAGAAGAACAGGAGAUGCUUGAGAAAUGUUGGUUUGAAAGGCAGAAAUAAUUUAUGCCUUUUUUUUUUAUAUAGUUUAUAUCAAAUGUAACAUGAUUAUUUUUAGUUUUCUGCAAGAGUUGCCAUUCUUUGAGAGUAAAUGGCAGAGUUCCUUUGGCUUUAAAAUGCAUACACAUAAUUUUUCACAGAUGGGUAAUAGUACAUGUUAUCAAACUAAGAAUUUCCAAGCUGUAAAAUUCCAGUUGAGAUGCGAGUGAUGAUCACUGUAGAUAAUGGACAACUUAUGAAGGUGUAUCCUCUUGGGCUAAACUAUUGUCUCUAUUAUUGCUGGGAAAUCUUCAUGUUUGAUGGUGUUCAGUUUUCACCAAAAGCGUCAUAUACAAUUUCCUGUUCUCCUUCCACAAAUACUUAUAUUGAAACUGAUUGUUGUAUCAAUACUGAAAUGUUAAUUAACCCAAGCAAGUUUGAAUACACAUAAUUUGACCAACAAAAUUUCAACACAUUACAGUACUAACCUCCAAAAGACACAACAAACUUGUUGGGAGAUGUUAUGUUGUGUGGUUAAUGUAAUAUGUAGACCUCGUCCCUAACUGUUACUUUUGUGAGUAUUUGUACGUGCUCUUUAAACCCGAGGUGGUACCCCCCUAUAUACAGUACUGUAUAUAUACAUUUGUGUGUGUGUGUGUAUAUAUAAUGUGUGUAUAUAAAAAAAAAUUUGUAUACAUAUAUAUACACACACAGAAUAACCACAGUGAAUUUGGGAAAAGACAGCUGGAGCACUUACGUCUGGUCAAGACAUUCUCAACAGCUAGACUGAUAGGGAGACAGAAAGGCACCAGUUAUAAAGGAAGUGUGUACUGGGAGUGGUAGCAAUAGCCAGAGAGGUGGCAAAACAUCAAAUGGGUACGCUGCAUUCUUGUGUAAACACACAAAACUCCCAACAGGAACUGUGAAUUGGUGCAAGAAGUCGGAGUGUGAGAACCAAAGAAGGCACCAAGAAACGAAAGACCAGAAUAAGGAUGUCUCAAACUACAGUGUGUGUAUGAUAUUGAAGCAAGAAUGUAAUACAAUUAAACAGAGAACAAAAAAUGAGGACCUUCCCUAGAAUAUUUGAAGCCCUCGUAAUACUGAACCAAAAAUGGAAACGGACAGCAAACGACAUGUAUUCUGUUGGCCGUGUGCCGUUAUAAUUUCUCUCUUGUGUCCUUGCAGACUGAUGUUCUAUCUUUGUGCAUUGAGAAGUCCGCAAAUAGCUUAGUAUAUCUGUACCACUGUAUUGGGGUGGAGAGUUCGUUUUCCGUUUCUGGUUUAGCAUUUCGGAGACAUCCGCUAAUAUUCUAAGAAUGGUGAUGAUUUCACUUCUCCGUUUAAUUGUUUUACAUUCUUCGCUUUUCAUAUACAAAAAUUGUAGUUUAAAGCACCUUUGUUCCAGUCUUUUUUUUAAUAUAUCUUGGUGCCUUCUUUGGUUCUCACAUUCCUACUGCUGUACUUAUCUUAAUCCGCUGGAAGUUUUGUGUGUUUACACAAGAACGCAGGGUAACCAAUGAUGUUUUGCCACCUCUCUGGCUAUUGCUACCACUCCCAGUACACACUUCCUUUAUAACUGGUGCCUUUCUGUCUCCCUAUCAGUCUAGCUGUUGACAAUGUCUUAACCAAACAUAAGUGCUCCAGCUGCCAUUAUACUGUGGUUAUCCUUCAUUGAAUAGAUCAGUGUUUUUUUUUAUCUUUGCUGUAUGUAUAUAUACAGUACAUAUGUAAAUAAAAUCACAAAAUGUGAUAUAUAAAUGCAAAUAACCAGAGAAGGAAAUUAAUAUAUUUUCCUAAGCUUUUUUCUGGUGAGCACACGAAAUGGAAGACACAUUAGGAGACACCUUUAUCAGUAUAGACUGACAUACACAUCAAGAUAGCAUGGCGCGUGAGGUGUUCCCUAGAGAUCAGACGACUCGAAUAAUAAGCAAGCAGACACCAGAUUGCAAUAUGCUGGAGAUGAAUAUGGCGACACAUGUAUUCAUGACCUAUAAAUGUGUUGAAAUGUUUAUCUACAUUGUAAUUUAGUGUCUUGCCACUUGUUCUUGGAGAAUAUGCCAAGUCUAGGGCACAACCCCACUGGCUGUGCAGUGUGUUCCUGUCGAUGUUGACUCAUAUUGAUCAGCCUGUCUUCGUAUAUGUAUAUUAACUGUGCUCACUCCUUAGGAAGCAUCUGAUAUGUUGAACACAAUAGUGCCGAGGCAAAGAUUCUUAAAUUUCUAUGGUUCUUUGCAUUUAUAUUUCACAUUUUGUAAUUUUUUGCAUGCAUACAUACACACUAAAAAAAUAUAUACAUAUUUUUGAAUAUAUAUAUACACAGUAUUAUAUAUUAUAUAUAUAUUUCCGGCUGUCCGCCCUUGGUGGGCGGCUGUCACAGUGUGAUGCUCAUUGGGACAGCAGUUGCUCUCCUUUUGUAGCCUUGUGUAUGUGUAUGUGUGUGUGUGUGUGUGUAUAUAUAUAUAUAAAUACACACACACACACACACACACAGAUAUAUAUAAUAUAUAUAAUAUGAAUGUAUGGUGUAUAUAGGGCUGGUUUGGCUAUUAAGCUAGUCAUCAGGAUUUGAGGUUAUGAAUUUUUUAACAAGUGUAAAUGAUAUGACAUUUGUCAUAUUGAGUGUAUGUUCAGAAAUUUUAAAUAGUUUCAUGUUAAUUAACAGGACACGUUAAUUAAUGAGUGUGCACGUACUCACAAAGAUAAUUUAGGGAUUGGCCGUAUAUCAAUACCCAAAUGAAAUAUUUUGUGCGGCGAUUAGCCUGCAGCAUCAUUAGUGGUGGAAGGGUUGAGCAGUUCACCGGAGAGUCUAUAUGGCUGGCUACUACAAUGUGAAACAUGUGAUGUUGUAUGCCUUUCUUCCUGCAAAAUACCAUAAAAAUUGGAGCACAGUGGUAUUCUUAGGCAUGAAAGAUAAGUUUGUUAAGUUGAGGAAGUCGGGACUGAUUAGCAAGUCAAUAAAGUAAUUACGGUAUUGUUAGGUGAUUGGGAUAAGGGGAACACUAGUCCAGAGUUCAAUGGUAAGAAGGCUGGGGAUCUUGAGUGGUAUAGCUGUCACCUUGCAAGAGAUUCACAAUAUUUGUCCAUAAGUAAUUAUGGAAUACAUAAAGGGUUUCUGGCAUAUAUAUUUUGCUGCUAUUUUAUAGGUUUUCCAGAUGUAAUCAACUACUAUAUAUUUUGUUUUACAUUAUCAUGUUCAUUACUUUGUGAAGUGGUGGAACAAAAUUCUUGAAUGAAGUGAAUUAUUUUGAGGUAUGAAAAGCAAAUUAUGUUCAUCUAUCAGUAAAAAUGACUGCUAUAAACUUUUUAUGCCAGUCCUGCUUGCUGACUUGAUAAAUACAGUGAAUUUAAGUGGGGAAAGUUUGGGCAGUGUAAACUAUCUCAUGGUCAUUUGGUACUGAUGAAUUGUAUGAAUAGGUAUUGAAAGUAAAGGUUGGUUGGAAA